AUGUUCCGCGGCAAGAAAGUGAAUUUCAAUAAUGUUGUAAUAAUAUUUAGUCAGUUAACAACGGAAAUUAUCGAGGGAGAAUUUACUCUUCCAACAUGCAUUUAUGAGAUACGUGAAAGUCGUAAUGGUCCAUUUGUUAAAUUUGCGCACAUUGGUGAUCGCAUAUGGCAUGUAUGGCAUUGCGAUUUAGUAGCUGGCACGGUAUAUGGUAUGUUAAUUCAUUCAUGCCAUGUUGAUGAUGGUCAAGGAAAGCAUGUUUCGUUAGUGGACAAUAAAGGAUGUGUUUUGGAUCCUUUGCUGCUAUCGGACAUUGAAUAUGAUAAUCAGGCUAUAACAGCUUAUGCAGAAACACGAGUUUUCAAGUAUUCUGAUAAAAUUCAAUUAUAUUUUACAUGUACCAUACAACUUUGUGUUAAGAAUGAUGGUGGCUGUAACGAUGUGACCCCACCAAUUUGUGAAAAUGUCGAAUACUUGACACAAUUGCCAAUCGAAUAUUCUUCGCCAGGUCGUAGUCAUCACGAUGAUCCAUCAUAUUUUCAUCAGCGUGAGUCCGAAAAAGAAUUUUUUGGACCAAUUGAUGCUACGCGCCAAGAAACUCGAAAAAAUUUGCAUUUCACACCACCGCCACCACUACAACCACCACCAAAAUCUGGUUUCUUCAAAAGUAGUGCGACACCCCAAAAAGUACGAGCUCGAAGAGGAAUUCGCUCUAACGACAGUUUGAAGCUACCGGAAAUAUCUACUUCGGAAAUGAAAGUUGCUGAAAUGGAUCUCACAGCACGCGUUGUUGUAUUUCCAUUGGUUGAAGUUCACCUUUCAAAUGCAUCACCAUCAAAUAGUAAUAAAGGUAACUUAACUUUGAUAUUACGAUAG